UCCCUAGAUGUCAGAUAUAAUUUGUCGUUUUCAAAUUUUUUUUGUAACAAAUUUUUUUAUCACAAUUUAGUGACCUAAAAAUGGCAUCUCAUAUUGAGAAUAAAGCUAUUCAGUUAAGAAAUGAGGCCCAAAAAAAAAUGAAUCCAGGUGGAUUUCUUCAGGCUUUCUUUAGUAGCGGAAAAGAGACGUUAGAAGCAAUAGACUACUACACAAGAGCGGGAAAUUUGUUCAAAAUGGCGAAAAACUGGGUGCAAGCUGGAUUGGCUUUUAUAGAUGCCGCAAAUUUAAACUGUAAAACAGAUGAUUUAUUAGAAGCUGCCAUCAACUAUACUGAAGCUGCGAACUGCUUUAAAAAAUGCGAUUAUCAGAAGGCUAUUGAAAGUUAUUAUAGGGCUAUCAAGUUGUAUACACAAAUUGGUAAGGUGCUUACGGCAGCCAAACUUCACGAAUCAGUAGCUGAAAUGAUGGAAGACGAAAGAGAGUUAUCAAAUGCGAGUCGACACUACGAGCUCGCUUCUGAACUGUUCCGUCAAGAGAACCAUAUGUCAAAUGCAAAUAAAUGCCUUGAAAAAGUAGCAGAAUUGGCGGCCCUGGCAGGAAAGUACCAGAAAGCUAUAAAGAUUUUUCAGGAAAUAGCGUGCUACGAUCUUUCCAGUUCACUUUUGCAGUUUAAUGCCAAAGGAAAUUUGUUUCGAGCUGCGAUCUGCCAUCUAUGUAACGAUAGACGUAUAGUGGAAACCAUGUUGAAUACCUAUACCGAAAUGUUACCGUCAUUUGAAAAUACAAGGGAGUAUGACCUGAUCUUGAGUCUGUUAAAAUGUCUGGAUCAAAGGGAUUUGGAAGAGUAUGCAAACGCAUUAAGAAUAUAUCAUGCUUGUAAUAAGUUGUCCAUUUGGCAUGUAACUAUGUUACUUAAAGCGAAGGAAAUCAUUGAAAGUGAUGACAGUCUUAGAGAAUAAAUUAUCUUGCAUAUAC